AUGCAAAGUCUCGCAUUUGUUGAAAAUGAUAACGCAGCAAAUUCAUCAUCAAUAAUGAUCAAUGAUCAUGAUGAAAAAGAUGAUUUCUCUCCGACAAGUUCAAACGAUAACAAUGGACCAUUUGUUGAUGAUAUUAUUUUUGAAAUUCUUCAUUGCUUCAAAUCAUUGUUCAUUCUUCAAAUUUGUAUGAAAAUUUCAAAACAAUGGAGACGUGUAUCAUUUCAAAUUCCUCUUUCGUUAUCCCUCAAACCAAAUCACUUCAAACAAGUUCUUAAAUCAAUCAAACUUUUAGCUGAUUGUGAAUGUUUGAAAAAUUUGACUUCGUUGGAUCUGAGAUGGAAUAGAAUUGGCAAUGACGGUGUCAAACAUAUUUCUUCAAGCAAAUCCUUGAAAAAUUCGACUUCGUUGGAUCUGUAUCACAAUCUAAUUAGCAGAGAAGGUGUCAAAUAUAUUUCCACGAGUGAGUGGUUGACAAAUUUGGCCUCUUUGGAUCUGGGUUACAAUAGUAUUGGCAGUAGAGGUGUCAAAUAUAUUGCCGCAAGUGAAACCUUAAAGAAUUUGGAUGAUUUGAAUCUUUAUCGCAAUAGAAUUGGUAUUGAGGGUGUUAAAUAUAUUACCACGAGCGAGUUCUUGAAGAAUUUGACUUCUUUGGAUCUGAGCACCAACGGAAUUGGUAUUGAAGGUGUUGAAUUUAUUGCCGCAAGUGAAUCCUUGAAGAAUUUGACAUAUUUAAAUCUUUAUCACAAUGGAAUUGGCAGUGAAGAUGUCAAAUAUUUCGCUACGAGUGAAUGUUGGAAGAAAACGACAAUUAAUUUGUGA